AUGAGUCUUUCUAGUCUGAACAUUACUCUGUUUUUUACCGGUUAUGGACCUCCUAGUGCACUCAAUUACGGUGUUUUUGUAAUCUCUCUUGUAGUCUAUCUUACAACAGUUCUUGCGAAUGUAACAUUGAUGCUGGUGAUCUGCUUGGACACAUCUCUUCAUAAGCCCAUGUAUGUAUUUUUAUUUAACCUGGCUAUUAAUGGGCUAAUCGGCUCCUCUGCUGUACUUCCUAAAAUAAUGGACAAUCUUGUGGAUGAUAUAAAAGAUAUGCUGUAUACUGAUUGCAUUAUACAAGUGUUUUGUAUCAAUGUUUAUGGAACAUGUGCUUAUGUACUAUUGACUCUAAUGGCAUAUGAUAGGUAUGUUUCAAUUUGUAAGCCUCUGCAAUAUCACAAUAUUAUGACUCCGGGUAAAGUUAGACUUCUGCUUUUUAUUGCAUACUUCUUUCCUAUCUGCUCUUUGGGCAUACAGGUGUAUCUUACAUCAAGAUUGCCUGUGUGCAGGUAUACAAUAAACAAGUUGUUUUGUGACAAUCUGGCCGUUGUUAAUCUCUCCUGUGCCAAAAAUCCCUGGGCAGACCUUUAUGGCAUAUGUUUGGUAAUUCUUUUUAUUGGUCUACCUCUAAUCUUUGUCAUUUUAUCAUAUGUGCGGAUAUUGUUUGUCUCUUUGAAAGCAUCAGUAAGCGCCCAGAAGAAGGCUCUAAAAACAUGCACGCCACACUUGAUUACUUUUAUUAAUUUUUCAUUGGCUUCUCUUUUUUCUGUGAUAUACAAUCGAUUUAAUUUCAGUCUCUCUAAAGAAGUCAAUGUGUUCAUGUCGGUUCAUUUCAUUCUGAUCCCUCCGCUUCUACAUCCACUUAUAUAUGGAAUUAGGACAAAAGAGAUAAACAAUAGCAUUACAAAAAUAUUCAGAAGACAAAUAUUUGCUCUUGGUUUUAAUUUAAAGACUGAACAAAGGUGUAAUGAAGCACUGUUUACUACUUCUAAAUAA